AUGUACGCUGAUGAUAUCGCACUGGUAGAUGGGGACAAAGGACGGCUCACCAGACGCGUGCACGCAUGGAGGGAGGCGCUUGAGAACGGCGGGCUGAAGCUAAACGUGGCGAAGACGGAGUAUAUGACCUGCAACAGCGCAGAUCUGACGUCUCUCCGUAUAGGCGACGACACCAUCGAGCGCACGGACAACUUCAGGUACCUCGGAUCUGUGCUUGAUGCGUCCGGGGACAUCGAUCGCGACAUCAAGGGCCGUAUAUCAGCGGCUUGGGCGAAAUGGCGCGAGUUGACGGGUGCCAUUUGUGACCCAAAAAUGCCGGUCAAGCUGAAGGGUCAGGUCUAUAAGACCAUCAUAAGGCCUGUCCUUACGUACGGCAAAGAGGCGUGGCCGGUGCUGGAGCGAUACCGGCAGUUGUUGCAUGUCACGGAGAUGAACAUGCUGCGGUGGAUGUGUGGCGUCACGUGGAAAGACCGUGUACGAAAUACAUACAUCCGCGGCAGCCUCCAUGUCCGUGACAUUGCUGACAAGCUGCAGGAAAGUCGCCUCCGCUGGUACGGCCACUUCUUACGACGACCGGCAAGCUGCGUGGGAAACAAAUGCCUGGACAUGACCCUACCUGGUACCAGGAGUAGAGGACGGCCCAAGAAACGCUGGCUUGACGUCGUGCAGGAUGACAUGCGCGCAAAUGGGCUAGUUGUGAGGGACGCCGAAGACCGGGCAAAGUGGAGGAGGAAGUGUAGGAAAGCGGACCCUGGGUUCUCCUGCGCUGGGUGGGAUGUGCAACCGGGAUAA